ACUCUUUUGGACGAGUCCAAUAUAUGCUUGGAGUGCCGCAAAUUGCCUUGCACUCCUACGAAGCUGAAAUAGACUGCGCUACUUGUUGAACUAGUCCACAAUUUCAUCUUGUCGGCCUUACUAUCAACUGUAGCUAUUUCGCAGCUGGACAUAACAACUGCUACACACACAAGAUGGUCGCUAUUAACGCUCAGCCGGCGGCAAGCAGCUAUUUAGCCAAAUUCGAAAAAGCACUGCAUGAAAAGAAUGCAGUGACUGACCUUUUGGCGAAAGUUGAAGCUAAAAGUGGUGUACGAAGAUUAUAUAUUGCCUAUGGUAUCAUUGGAUUCGUCAGUCUUUAUUUGAUGGUUGGAUAUGGUGGUGACUUUUUAUGUAACUUAAUUGGAUUUUGUUAUCCUGCCUACAAAUCAAUCAAAGCCAUUGAAAGUGCACGUAAAGAUGAUGAUACCCAAUGGCUCAUGUACUGGGUAGUUUUUAGUGUAUUCAGUCUUGUUGAGUUCUUUGCUAAUUUAGUGCUCUUCUGGGUCCCAUUUUACUGGUUCCUUAAGCUUCAAGUCAAGUGUGGUUUCAUGCUUUGGUGUAUGGCCCCUAUUCCUCAUAAUGGAUCUGAUAUGAUCUACAACAAAAUUAUAAAAGUGUUUUUCCUCAAACACGAAGCUUCUCUUGAUGAUGCUAUCUCCUCCAUUAACCAAACAGCUGAUGAAGUGAAGAAAAAUUUAUCUAAAGCUGCUACAGAUGCUGCUGCUGACUAUGCCGCUGAUGCAAUGAAAGGAGAAAAAGCUGAGUAAGAAAAACAAAGUGAAAGAAAUGUAAAAAUAAAUACCAACAGAAGUGAAGAUUUCAUUGGAGUGUCUACUUUUCUGCCACAAAUCCAGCCUUCCAGCUAUUAAAACUAUUUAACCCAAACAAUCAUUUCAGCCAUCUCUUUUCUAAUGCUUCAAUUUUUUUUUUCUUAAACCUGUACUGCAAGGCCCUUUUUAUUUUUUUUUUAUCUGGCAUUCCAAUUUUUGUUUCUGGUCCUUGCCAUUUAGACUCUUAUGAAGUUGUUUGUAUAUCAAUGUACUAGUUUUACUUUUGUAUUUUUCUAUUUGAAGAAUAUGUUGUAAUAUUUUUGUUUUUGAUUAAAUAUACUCUCCUCUUUUAAUACCACCAUGUCAUAUUUAGCUAAGAUGGCACCAAUUCAAGUGUUAAACAUCAAGAAAUUUUAUUGAUUCAGCUCAGUGUUUACUGAUUCUGCAAUGGAUCUUGGAACACUUCAAACAUUUGCUGGUGCUUAACUGCAUUUUUGCUGUAUUGGGUGCAAUGAUUUGUCUCCAUAGUUAUUAAGAAAAAACAACAAAACUUUAAUAUCUGGAAAUUUCUUUUCCCAAUAUAUAUAGAUUUUUACUAAGUUUAUAAUAUAACUAAAAACAGUUUUCAAUAUUGUUUUAGGAAAAUAUUUUUAGUUUGAAUACUUUCCUGGUAAUUAUCAAAGCACCGUAAUUUAGUCUUUCUUUCAUCUACAUAUCUUUUGGCUGGAACAAUAAUUUGCCAUUAUUAUAUGGAUGUUUUUUUUUUAUCCCUUCCCAAACAUAACUUCCAAAUAUUUCAUAGCUAAAUUCUAAUUACUGACAUCUAAUUUCUGGAGUGUUAUUGAUGUUUUAAAGAUCUAUCCCCCACUUCCACUCUACAUGAAUGCAACUAUUUUGUUUUUGUAUGUCAGAAGCGAAGCAGAGAAUUUCUUUGUUUCCAUCACAAUAUAGCAAUUAACUUCUUGGCUUCUUUUAAGUGACCAUUUCACUGCUUGGUGCCUGCUGUGAUUACCAUAUUCUUUGGCUGUGCAUGUAGUACUGUGAAAGGUUAUGUGUUUUUGUUUAGAACAUUGUAUGCAUUCCAAUAAUGGAUCUACAAGAAAAUCACGCUGCGUGUAAGUCAUGUGGAAUAUUUUUCUACACUUCCCCUUUUGGUGAUAAUAUGUAAAUAAAACUCAGUUUUCUCUUUAA